AUGAACGAAGCCCAAGUCAAAUGGGUUGGGGUUACAGAGACGAGUGCAGGUUCUGUUGUGGCAGAGCUGAAGUGCAGUAAGACGCGUCCCGCGCACUUUACGCGAAAGCGUGUCCCGCCCAUUCCAGGGAACUGGAACAAAUCGAGUCCCGUUCGACGCAUUACUGCUUCCCCCUUUCUCAACGACUCAUAUUUUGGGGAUAGUUUAGAUAGCUGCCAAGUUCAUUCUUGGGCCGUGGCUUCCACAGAAACGAUCUGGCAUGCCUCUCAAGAUUCCGAUCUGCCAAAUUCCUCCCCCUGGGAUCGGUCGAUACUGUUCGGAAGAGCUUGCAGUGUGCCAUGUUAUACUCCGUACGGUUUGCUCGACUACACCAGAGACCUGGCUAAUUCUGGCAAGGAGCUGACAGCUCUGGCACCUCCGGAUAUCUUAUCCCCCGCUGCUAAGGCUCGGGGCACCCUCGGUUCGCAGCUUCAGUUCAGGGUUCCAGCUGACACGGACCUGAAUAUUUCGAAUGAUUCUGGACCAAUUGAUAUCCGGACACCUCGAAUUGCAGAGAGGCGGCUAAUGAACCAACCCGAAGAUCACCCAGCGUCCCUUUGCGGCUCUUGA